CUUUCGCUCACUACUAUUGAUUCAAAUUUUCGAGUAUGCUUAACUUCGAGGACGUCGAGGAACAUGACGGCGUGCGGCUUUCGUGGAAUGUCUGGCCAUCGUCCCGCAUCGAAGCCAACCGCACAGUCGUUCCGAUAUCUGCUUUGUACACGCCCUUGAAGCAGAGGGACGAUCUACCACCAGUACUAUAUGAGCCAGUGACAUGCAAACCCCCGUGUCGUGCGGUCUUGAAUCCAUACUGCCAAAUUGACAUUCGUGGCAAACUCUGGAUCUGCCCAUUUUGCUUGCAGCGGAAUGCCUUCCCCCCUCACUAUAAAGACAUAUCCAACACCAACCUCCCGGCUGAACUACUUCCAAAAUACACCACCAUUGAAUACACCCUGGCCAGGCCAGCUCAAGUUCCGCCCAUCUUCUUAUUUGUUGUCGAUACUUGUCUGGACCAAGACGAUCUCAAGGCUCUCCGCGAUGCGAUAGUCGUCAGUCUCAGUUUACUUCCGCCCUAUGCGCUUGUCGGCCUGAUUACAUUUGGGACAAUGGCUCAAGUUCACGAGAUUGGAUACGCUGAAUGCAGUAAAUCCUACGUGUUUCGUGGAGGGAAGGAGUACACACCGAAGCAAAUUCAAGACAUGCUUGGGCUAAGUGCUCAGAAUCGAGCAGCACCUCGUCCUGGCCAACCUAUGCCUCCACAAACAUUUGGAGCAGCGCGCUUCUUGAUGCCCGUUCAGCAAUGCGAAUUCCAACUGACGGGUAUUCUGGAGUCGCUUACACGGGAUCCUUGGCCGGUGGCUAAUGACAAACGCGCACUUCGUUGCACUGGUGUAGCCUUGAGCGUCGCUGUCGGGUUGCUGGAGACGACGUUCCCCAGUACUGGUGCUCGUGUGAUGCUAUUCUCCGGUGGUGCUGCAACAGAGGGACCUGGCUUGGUUGUUGGUCCGGAACUCAAGGAACCCAUUCGAUCACACCAUGACAUCGAUCGCGAUAGCGUCAAACAUUUCAAGCGCGCUACUAAGUUUUAUGAAGGCCUUGCAAAACGCGCCUCUAACAAUGGUCAUACGGUCGAUCUAUUCGCCGGGUGCCUUGACCAGGUUGGCUUGCUGGAGAUGAAGUCCUUGCCUAAUUCAACCAACGGUGUGAUGGUCCUGUCUGAUUCUUUCGCGACCUCGAUCUUCAAGCAGAGUUUCCUGCGGGUCUUUGCUAAGGAUGAUCAAGGCAACCUCCAGAUGGGCUUUAAUGCAACCUUCGAUGUCCAGACUACGAAAGAACUGAAGGUCUCCGGUCUGAUUGGACAUGCUAUCUCCGCGGCGAAGAAGUCGGCAUGUGUUGGCGAGACAGAGAUAGGCAUUGGCCAGACAUCGGCCUGGAGAAUUAACUCCAUCACUCCACGCACAUCUGAAGCCGUUUACUUCGAGGUUGUGACUCCUGCUGGACAGCCUCUGCAACCAGGCUCUCGGGGUCUCAUUCAAUUCGUCACUCACUAUCAGCACUCUUCUGGUCAGAUGCGACUCCGAGUUACGACCAUCGCACGUAACUUCGCAGAAGCUGGCUCCCCAAGCAUUGCUGCAUCGUUUGACCAGGAGGCCGCCGCCGUCUUGAUGGCGCGCAUCGCCGUAUUCAAGGCGGAGAUUGACGACUCUCCAGACGUUCUUCGCUGGCUCGACCGCAUGCUCAUUCGUCUUUGCCAGAAGUUUGCGGAUUACAGGAAGGAAGACCCUACAAGCUUCCGGCUGACAGACAACUUCAGCAUAUACCCGCAGUUCAUGUUCCAUCUGCGGCGAAGUCAGUUUUUACAAGUAUUUAAUAACAGUCCAGAUGAGACUGCAUUCUACAGGCAUAUUCUCAAUGAAGAGGACGUCAACAACUCGCUUAUCAUGAUUCAGCCUACACUUAUGUCUUAUGGACUCGAUGCCCCACCUCAACCUGUUCUUUUAGACAGCGUUUCUAUCAAACCAGAUGUCGUCCUAUUACUCGACACGUUCUUCCACAUUCUUAUCUUCCACGGAGAGACUGUUGCUCAGUGGCGAAAGGCUGGCUACCAAGAUCAAGAAGGCUAUGAAAACUUGAAGGAGCUCCUCGAGACACCUGUCAGCGAUGCCCAGGACCUUCUGGCAGAUCGACAGCCUAUUCCUCGGUAUAUUGUCUGCGAUCAGGGCGGUUCCCAAGCACGUUUCCUCCUGUCAAAGCUCAACCCAUCCACCACACAUAUGUCAGCAACGAUGUAUGGAUCCGGGCCAGCUGCAGGCGCAGGGCAGGCUAUCUUCACAGAUGAUGUUAGUUUGCAAGUCUUUAUGGAACAUCUCAAACGUUUGGCGGUGGGCGCGCAGACGAAUUGAUGUGUCUAGAAUAGUCGUUGUGUGUAUCCCAUACGUAUUUGCCAUGUGUUUCUUUGGACUCUCUC